UUCCAAUGGAGACAAAAACAUUCUGUUUUUCAAAAUCUUCUACCAUCUGUGAACAGCAUGGAAAAGCACACCAUUGAUGACCAUGGUCCUACAACAACGACGGGGCAACCAAAGAGUUUCACUGGCCACUGGGAGGAUGGAGAGAAACAUACACACAAUGGACAGACAGACAAGACAUCUGGCCAGCUGCUCAAGACUUCUGCAGCACCCCCUGCAACCCCAACAAAUGAUACCAAGAGAACCUCUGAGCCUGUUGUCUCUGCUGUAGCAGCAUGCCAUAAAGUCAAAGUGGGCAGGAGCAGGAAGUUGCUCAAGCCUCGUAAGGCGUCCAAGACACAGACCCAAGCUGAGGGUGACCCAAAGAUUUCUCAAGGUGCUCUAGUGAGCAGACUAAAACCACUCACCUCAAGACGGCGGAUUUUGCCUUGCAAAGUGAUCAAAAGGACGGGACGUUCUGCUGUCCCACUCAUACAAAUCCCGUCCAAGGCAGGGAGGGGAAAAACAUGCGGUCAUCUGCAGAGAAAAAGAGUGGCAGCUUGUAACUGGGCAUCAGCAAAUAAUGGCACAUGCACACCAAUCCUCUUUCAGCCAGGAUACUCCUCAGUUCAUGCUGCGAUUUCAGAGAAAACAAAAAAUGUGCCACAGCCAAAGGAUGACAAGGCCAUCAAAAUCCCACCAGCUCUCCCGGAGCCAGCUCACCCCCUGGCCUCUCCUCAAACCACCCCCAGCACCAGCACCGCUGGGCAGCCAGAGACCACGGAGGAGCCCCUCCUGAUCCAUGGCCUGACUGUGGAGGAGUAUCAGGGCGUUUAUCAUUCCGUGGUAGAUCCCAUGCUCCUCACAGCCUCCGGCAACCCGCGGCGCUACAGCCUGGAGAUGGGACGCACCAUUAAGCAGCGCCUCUGGGAGAGGCUCUUCUGCCCUCAGCUGCACGAGGAGGUGCAGGCCGACGGCCGGGUCAAGAUUACCGAGACCUUCUGCCACCCGGCUCUGUCUCAGCACCCGCCCCUUGUGGAGCUGGACGUCUCUGAUGAGCCUGCACCAGAGCAUGCUGAAAGGAUGAGGCGACCGAGGCCAGGCACAGACAAGAGCAGGGACAAUACUUCAGAAUCCCUGAGCGACAACUUGUGAUUAGGAAUCAUAUUUCUUAUGUUAAAAUGGAGAGACUUUACCAUAGAUAUAAAAAGCUUUGCCAAUAAAUUUUA